AGCUGUCAAGCAUCCUCCAGCCGAGCGCAACUCUCAGCAUCCAGUUCCUCAGUUGCGUAUUAACACUCAGAGCGUGAGGUUGUGCUGGAUCCUUCAAAGAGCUAACAAGAUGUCACUACAUUAAAUAGAUUAAAAAUCAAUUUAUAGCAAAUAUUCGACACUCAAGUGGAUAAAAACACAGCGCAAAAUGUGGCACUGGCGUGUGCUGUGCAUUUGCUUAUUGGUGCCAUUGGCCAGCUCAACGGCUCCUGUAAGUUUUGAGGCCAAUCCGGACACCAAGCGACUCUACGAUGACUUGCUUAGCAACUACAAUCGUUUGAUACGUCCCGUGGUGAACAACACGGAAACGCUGACAGUUUGGCUGGGUCUAAAGUUGUCCCAGCUGAUUGAGGUGAAUCUCAAGAAUCAGGUGAUGACCACCAAUCUGUGGGUUAAACAGCGCUGGUUCGACUACAAGUUACGUUGGGACCCUGAGGAGUAUGGUGGCGUGGAGCAGCUCUAUGUGCCAUCGGAGCACAUUUGGGUGCCCGAUAUUGUGCUCUACAAUAACUGGGAUGGCAAUUAUGAGGUCACUUUGAUGACCAAAGCCACGCUCAAGUACACUGGGGAAGUAUUUUGGGAGCCGCCUGCCAUUUACAAGUCCUCCUGCGAAAUGAACGUCGAAUAUUUUCCCUAUGAUGAGCAAAUUUGCUUCAUGAAAUUUGGCUCAUGGACCUACAAUGGUGCACAAGUGGAUUUGAAGCAUUUAGAUCAGAUACCUGGCAGCAAUCUAGUGCAAGUGGGCAUCGAUCUAACCGAGUUUUAUCUAUCCGUGGAGUGGGAUAUACUCGAGGUGCCAGCGACCAAAAAUGAGGAAUAUUAUCCAGACACACUGGAGCCCUUUUCAGGUGAGUUUUUCUUUAGUUGGUGCCAUAAUUCUGUUGUCUUUUCUGUUCUAGAUAUCACCUUUAAGCUGACUAUGCGCCGCAAGACUUUGUUCUAUACUGUCAAUCUGAUUGUGCCCUGCGUUGCUCUGACAUUUCUCACGGUGUUGGUGUUUUAUUUGCCCAGCGAUUCCGGCGAGAAGGUUACGUUAUGUAUUUCAAUACUUGUGUCGUUGACCGUGUUCUUCUUGUUGUUGGCCGAAAUUAUACCGCCAACAUCGUUGGCUGUGCCCCUGCUGGGCAAGUAUCUGCUCUUUACCAUGAUACUCGUCUCGCUGUCCGUGUGGACAACGGUCUGUGUGCUGAAUAUACACUUCAGAUCUCCCUCAACGCACAACAUGUCGCCCAUGGUGCGUAAGCUCUUUCUGCACUUUAUGCCCAAGCUGAUGAUGAUGCGGCGGACCCAAUACACGCUGCCCGACUACGAUGACUCCACGCCCAGCAAUGGCUACACCAACGAGAUCGAUGUGCGCGACAGCAUCAGCGACUUUCCCAGCGAGUUUAAGGACAGCCAGGAUGGCGCUUACGAUAAUGGCAUGCAGAAUUCUGUGGAUUCUGACAAUGUGAUACCGAGGAACUUAACACCCGAAGUGCUGCAGGCAUUGCGUGCGGUCAGAUUUAUUGCGCAGCAUAUCAAGGAUGCCGACAAGGAUAACGAGAUUGUGGAGGACUGGAAAUUCGUCUCGAUGGUGCUGGAUCGCUUCUUCCUGUGGCUCUUUACGCUGUCCUGUGUGUUUGGCACUUUUGCCAUCAUCUGCCAGUCGCCGUCGCUGUACGACACCCGUGCGCCCAUCGACCGACAGCUCAGCGAGAUUCCUUUGCGCAAAAAUAAUUUCAUGUUGCCGCCGGACAUUGUGCGGCAGGUUCUCACCUAAUUGUGGAUGGGGUGUCCACAAGAUCACGCCUCUUUGGCAAGGAAAAUACAGCUAAAGUUAACAAUUCUUGAAUGGACAAUUGUGCAAUCAAGUCAAGUUUUCCAAUUCAUUGCAGUGAUUCUUUUGUUGUUUAUGUUUAACAAUCAGCAAUAUGA